GAGCUUGAAUCCAAACACCUUCAUCACCGUUCACGAACCCAAACGCCUCAUACCCAGAAUACCCAGAUGGCUUCUCCUUCUCCGUAAUGGCUACUUUUUUCUUCUCAUACGGUCAGAGCAGGAGGAGACCUCAAGAUUGACCUGACUCUCUCUGGUUUUGUGGUGAAGAAGGACUUGUUCAUCGCUUUGUUGCUUCAGCGAAUGGACUGCGACAACGACAAAAGUGCGCAAUGGGGUUGGCAAAAGGAUAGUUAUUUCCAAAAGGAUCCAAAUUACGUCAUGUCUGAAGGUCUUUGGAAUGGAGUGGCUCAGAAUGAAGAAGAUAUUUCUUAUAUGUUUGAUGAGGAAACAACCCCAGUUAAGGCCUGCAUGGAUUUGGAAUACCAUGUUGACCAUAAAGAUACUAUGAACAAGGAAGUUGAAGAAUGUAGGGAGUCCUUUUCACAAAUGAAGAGGCGCCGGAUGCUACAGUUUACCAAUGAUGACUUUGAUAACUCCCUUCUCUAUGAUGAGAUUUCUUCCAUCUUCCUUAAAUUAAAUGUUCAUUUGCAAUAUCCCUCUACAUUGGAUUGUCAUACUAAAAGCAUUUUAUAA